GGUGACGUCACGCCGUGUCUGCGAGCUCAGGCAUUAGUAAUGGCGGCCGGUAUCUCGGCGGAGCGCAGCGGAGAAAGAGGCUGACCGGCCCGGGAUACCGGAGCAGCGGCCGGGGGACAGACUCGUCACGUACGGAGAAGCAAUAGGCGCUUUAGUUAAGAGCCGGCUUCAAGGCCCAGGUGUCAGGAUAGGAGGCCCCGGGUGACCCGUGUAGAGAAAACUCCCGGCGGGCGACAUGGGGAACUGCUUAAAGUCACCGACAUCGGAUGAUAUCUCUCUGCUGCACGAAUCGCAGUCUGAUCGGGCGAGUUAUGGGGAUGGCAAUGAGGGGGAUCAGGAGCCGCCGCCCCCGUACCAGGAGCAGGCUCCGGUACCCGUAUAUCACCCAACGCCAAGCCAGACUCGUCUCGCUACUCAACUGACAGAAGAGGAGCAGAUCAGAAUAGCGCAACGAAUAGGUCUCAUUCAGCACCUACCUAAGGGAGUGUAUGAUCCAGGGAGAGAUGGAUCAGAGAAGAAGAUAAGAGAGUGCGUGAUCUGUAUGAUGGACUUUGUGUAUGGCGAUCCCAUACGAUUCCUGCCCUGCAUGCACAUUUACCACAUGGACUGUAUAGACGACUGGUUAAUGCGUUCCUUCACUUGCCCUUCCUGCAUGGAGCCGGUCGAUGCAGCACUGCUUUCCUCUUAUGAGACUAACUGAGCCUCCCCUGGACAUCGCAGACAAGACACGGCUGCUGGGGGUUCAGCCUGUUUAAGCCCCCCCAAGAUCCACACCAUAGGGAUUAGGAGACUGCACAUUCUAGAAGCCACAUAUCUGCUGGCCUACACAGAAUAUAUACCUUGACCUUGGAGCGAAUCCUCUAUUUCCCUCAGACUUCACCGUGAGAUUGAAGCAGCAGCUUUGGCCGUACAGAUAAAUGAUCGCUUCCUCUUGGAUCCCGUGCACAAGAAACGAUGCCCUAAAUGUUCCUGUCGCUGGACACAAGGCCGGACCAGCGCCGUGUAUGCGGAUCAUGGUUUUCUUUCCUGCCUUUGACUUUCAACAAAUACUCGGCAUCUUCUGCUCCCCUCCUCCUGUUUAAGCCGGUUCUAUUGUUCCCAGUGAAUUUGUGGAGGUUUUUGUCUAUCAGUGUAUGAAGUGCAACCUUGUUCUGGACAUCAGGCCCGGAAAGGCGUCACCCACCCAGAACUGCUGUCUUCUCGUUUUUCCAACUUGGACGUUCACAAGAGGAGCUGCUCAUCCACCCAGUUUCAUCUGAACAUCUUGCUUUUCCAACCAAUAGGGGGCGUUUAACCCAUGGUAGAUACAUCCUCUGCACACAUAGCGGUGGUUCAGGGUGGGAAUAAAACCUCAUGCAGGCAAACUGCGGCCAUCGGGGGGGGGGGGGGGAUAGGGCUUAGGGCACCUCCAUGCCAAAUAGGUCUGGAGGAGAAAGAACUGGCACUCGACUAGUUUUAAAACCCUUGCCCCCCCCCAGAGUUGUUCACGCCGAACUUCUGGCUCCUCCUAGAACGGAGGAAAUAUUUGCACCUUUUAUUAUUAUAUUAUUAUAAUUAUUAUAUUAUUUCUUUCCAUUGGAAAUGGAAUUCCAUGGCCUUGGGUCUCUGUAAAGUGAAGUUUUUGUAGGACAGGCUCCUCACCGACGCGUACCUACAGUCGUGCAUCUCGCUCGAUCCAUUAACUAGACAUCGACUGAUUUUUAUUAUUCAUUAUUAUUAUUUUUAUUAUUUUUGUCAAUCCAUGUAGGACACCCGUUGCAUAUUCGUACGGUUUCUUUUUAUUAACCCCUUCCCUGUCAGAGGGGACCCCAGCCGCGCACAGACUUAGGCAGCCACUGACUCUGGAGGGACUGACCUUCAUUUGUGUUACGUUUAUGUUCCUGUAAUCACUACGGUAUAUGUUUUUUUUGUUUUUCGUAUAUUUUUAUUUUUUUUGUGUCUAAAAUCAAGCUGUCUUUUCAUCAGCCUUUCACAGUGGUGUUGCCAGCUCAGCAUCAGAUUAAAGCUGUGUAUAACGAAAAGGUUUAAAAACCCGGACUUGGCUCUGCUUCAAAAAACGCCUAAUACCCAGCACUGAAUAGUCCCUGUUCUCAGCAUUUCGCCUCUCAAAAUCUGCAACUCGUGCUGAUGCGUCUGUUUCAGUCCUGUCCGGUCAAUAAGAUGCCUUGUUUCGAUGUGACAUUUCUACAGUGAGCUGAGGUCAUCUUGCUGCCUGGUGGGCUCCGCAGCUGUCAGAACUAUAAACCGUGGCUGGAUCACUAGUAAUGAGAUAUCACCCGUAGGACUGAUGGCUCUUUGUUCCAUAUAGGAGAAUAAAACCUAUAAACUGCA